AUGGUGAUUGUGGCACCGAUGAAGAAUGUGAAAAUGCUGCCAAACUUGGAUGCACAGGAGGAAGAAGAAGCAACUGUGGUGCGAGGUUAUGUCAAGAAAGGAAUUAUAAAGUGCAUUUUGGAAACCGGAGAAGGCGUUAACGUUCAAGCGAUUGUGAUUCGAGGGAAUACGGGGAUGGAGAAGGGAAGAUCUGCUAAAUAUGUAUGUGAAGAUGAGAAAGUGAAGAGUGGCUUUGAUGUGGUGGUGUGGAUUAACGGUCUCCAACUUCAACGGCAUUAUGCUGAGUCUGUGGUGAAUCAUGUGAAGCAUGAAUUACAGGAGAAGAAGAAAGAAAAUGACUCUGGUGAGGGAAAAGGAUUCUUUGUGGUUCUGGAUGAUUUUCACAAUGAGAACCACAAGGAGUGGCUUGAAUCGGUGAAGAAACUGAAGGAGGUAGCAGAAACACGUGCAUCAUCUGGAGGGGGUGUAUUUCUUGUGAUUACAAGGAGUAAAGCCGUAAUUGAAUUUGUGGAUCAGUCAUUUGAUUUCGUUCACAAGUAUCGGUUUGAUAGGUCGUCCCAUUCUGAGUCACGAUUUCUGUUUGAGCAAAUUGCGGGCACAAGUGUGAGUGCAAUUAAAUCAGAGACCAAAGACUCCUUGUUAGAGAUGUGUGGAGGAAUCCUUGGAGCAAUAGAAACAAUGGAGAGGCUGGAGAUGCUGUUGAAAUAUUACAACGAGUUCAACCUCUCUUCCUGGUGUCUAAGGCGAUGCUUUGCUUACUCUUUCUUUAUAUUCUCUUCACAAGAUUCUGUGAAGGGUGAGAAGCUUGUUAGACUUUGGAUGGUGGAGGGAUAUCUGGCACACUCUUCCUCUUCUUCUUCUCCACAUUUUCAAAGGGGGAGAAUUGGCAGAGUUAUGGUUACCAUCAAUAACGUGUAUUUGAAGGACGAGGAAAUCAUCGACAACUAUGUCGGCCGAGUGUCGCUGAGUUCGGAAUUGGAUGUUUCAAAAGUGUUCACCAGGUUGCACGUGUUGAUUCUGAAAAAUUUAGGCAUGAAGGUGUUGCCGGGUUCAAUUGGGGACUUGAAGAGUUUGAGAUACCUCGAUUUGUCUCGCAACAACUUCAACAAACUUCCUAUUUGCAUAGGUGAGUUGCUGCAUUUGCAGACCUUGCAACUGUCCCACUGUCUCAAGCUUAAAGAAUUGCCGGAUGAUGUGAACUAUUUUGCGAGUUUGAGGCAUCUGGAGGUGGAUGAAUGCACAAAUCUGAUGCACAUGCCAUCUGCGUUAAGGAAAUUGACUUGGCUUCGGUCAUUGCCGCAUUUCGUGACCAGCAAGCGCAACAGUCUUGGAGAACUCAUUGAUCUCAAUGAGGUCCGGGGAGAGUUGGAGAUUUCACACUAA